UUCAUUCGAAACACUUGAAUUCAAGGGUAGGAGUGACAGGACCACUUGUGUUAACAAUGAUGCAGUCACCAGAAUCUCUUCUCCACAGUGGAUACUUCCACCCUACGCUCAGAUACUGGCAGACGUGUGCCUCCGACCUAAAGCCUGACAACCUCAUCUAUCCCAUCUUCGUCACUGACAGUCCUGAUGCAGUAGAGCCCAUCGGUAGUCUACCCGGACAGGCAAGAUAUGGAGUGAACAAACUAGAAGGAAUGCUUCGCCCUCUUGUGGAGAAAGGCUUGAAGUGCGUGCUCAUUUUUGGUGUGCCUGCAAAAGUGGACAAGGAUGACCGGGGUUCGGGUGCAGACACUGAUGAUACCCCAGCAGUUUUAGCUGUUAAGAAACUAAGGGCUACCUUCCCAAACCUGAUGUUAGCCUGUGAUGUGUGCCUCUGCCCUUACACCUCACAUGGUCAUUGUGGAAUUCUGCGUGGAGAUGGCACUUUGGACAAUGCUGCAAGCUGUAAUCGCCUGGCUGAAGUGGCACUGGCCUACGCCCAAGCUGGGUGCCAUAUCAUCGCUCCCUCAGACAUGAUGGAUGGACGCAUUGCAGCCAUCAAGCAAGCUCUUAUAUCCAACGACCUCAGCAACAAGGUUUCAGUACUGAGCUACAGUGCCAAGUUCGCCUCCUGUUACUAUGGCCCCUUCAGAGAUGCAGCCCAGUCUAAGCCAGCAUUUGGAGAUCGCCGAUGCUAUCAGCUUCCCCCUGGUGCCCGAGGCCUGGCACUGCGAGCAUGUGAGCGUGAUGUGAGGGAAGGGGCAGACAUGCUGAUGGUGAAGCCUGGCAUGCCCUACCUCGACAUGGUCAGGGAGGUGAAGGACAAGCAUCCCAAUCAUCCACUGGCGGUGUAUAAUGUGUCUGGGGAGUUUGCCAUGCUGUGGCAUGGAGCCCAGGCUGGGGCCUUUGACCUCAAAGCUGCUGUGAUGGAGGCCAUGACCGCUUUCCGACGUGCGGGUGCUGACAUCAUCAUAACCUACUACGCACCUCAGCUCCUCACCUGGUUGACAGAGUAGAAACAGAAAGGACCAAAGCUUAAAUUUAACAUUAUACGCUAAAAAGAACUAACAAAUGGGGUUAAAAAUCAACUGACAGUGAUUUUAACAUGUAAUCUUCUGUCAGAUAUUUUUCUGGUGUCUUCAAUGUCACAUUUUCACUCAAUCUUGUUUUGCUUUAUCACUUUUGUUAUUAUUUUGUUGUAGAAUACUGUUAUACAGUAGACAAUUGAACAGUGUGUUGAUCGUCAAAGUUCAUAAAGAACUACAAAAAAAGAGUGUGUAAGACUCAUUGAGAAUAUAUUGCCUGAGAAACAUUGACUGUAUUAAUUCAGAAAAGGACAAUCCAUGGCAUAGCCAAAUGUUUCAGAGGAAAUCAAGGGCAUACAGUAUGUGUUUGCCCUUUUGAGUUGCUUAUACUACUCUACUUUUGUAAACUUCAUGUAAUGCAUCAGCUUGAUGCCAUACAAUGUUAUAAAUCAUUUCUAAGAAGAUACUUGCUGUACGUUUAACAUGUUAACAUCCUUUGAUUCACUGCUUUCGACCUGGCAGGGUUCACAGGAUAUCACAGGGUAAUCCUGUUGGUAUCCAAUCACAUAUUUUCCAUUCCCAUCGCUAGCACUACACCAAACAGAAACAUUCUAUAUUUAUGGAGGCAGGCAACUAUACUGGAUCAUAUAGAAAUAAAAUUGCAGUGGCAACUGG